AUGAUGCUUGGAAUCGAAGUGACACCAGAACAGGUGCUGAUCUACGGAUUUGAAAUGAUUGGGGAUUCACCUACCACGAUUACUGAUGACGACUUCAAGGAGCAUAAUAUUGGAGUUUUCAAGGCUCAUUUUGGCCAACGCCCCAGCACUCUAUGCAUUCUCUGGCAAGACAUUUUGAAUUGUACGAACAAAGACUUGGGGCUCCGCCCAUUUGACAGGAGCAAGGAGGGGCUUAAGCGAUUGCUAGUUGCAAUCAACUCCCUUGCCUCAGCUACUGGGAUAAGCACACGAAGGGACCACGACGACAACCUAUGGCACUGGGUGAAAGUUCUUUGGGCACUGGAAGCAAAGGUGAUCAGCUGGUCGGAGAAAGAGUACAAACAAAAGAACUAUGGUCCAGGAAGAAAAUGUAUCAUGAAUAAACUAGAUCCAUGCCUUUUUACGUACCUACACUGUGUGACUUUGCCUACAAUGUGUGACUCUGGUUUUUCUACAGCAAUGACGUUUUUCUAA